UGACAGUGAGGGACAGAUGGUAAUCUGUGCUUCCGGCAACGAUAACACAUCCCCUUUUCAGAGCUCGGACCUCAGAAUCUGCCUCCACAAUGCUUGUCUUUGUGCACGUCCACUUUGACGAUACGCGUGGUGACCGUGCCAGCAAGCCGCCUCCUUAACGAUGGCAGGAUCCGUGCACAUACCCGUGGCGGGAGGCAUGGCUCCUUCAAAAGGGAGGCUUCGCGCUCUUUCCCACAGUCCUCCAGCCAAGGACAAGGUGAAUCGAAAAGAUGGACAAGAUGGACGAGAAGUUCGGCCUCCAACAACCUGCAAAGGACUGGCGGAAUAGCAUUACCCAUGUUAUGCACCAAGCCAGACGAUGCCAACGAUUGACGCUACGGAUCACCCUCGCCCUUGCUCUGAUAUUGUUGCUUGCUUUCUAUGGUGUCGGGCCACCGGUAGGAGCGGGACCAUCAUUCGAAUACACAGCAGCCUUCCCACAACAAGACACACCUUCAGAAUUCCUUUCACACCCUGCGAUCAAGAAGCAAGAAAGGCAGUUGCAUCUACUGGUACCGGCCAGCAAGCCAGAUGUGAACCUUUGCAAGACUAUCCUCAGUGCGGAGGUGCUCAACUACUCGACACCGACUCUCAUCAACUGGGGUGAAGAAUUCAACGACAACAGCCUUUCCAGUGGCGGUUCCCAUCUGGCGAAGAUAUCUGGUGUCUUACGCUACCUGAAAGCAGUCGGCCCAGAUGGUGAUGAGGACCUAGUGAUGAUCAUUGAUGCCUACGAUAUUUGGCUGCAACUUCGACCCGAUAUACUCCUCUCCCGUUAUUACGCCGCCAACGCCCGAAUGAGCCAACGCAUCUCCAGACGCAUGUGCGGUCGUGACAAAUGCCCGUACUCGCCCGUUUCUCACAUCUCACAAAAGAUCAUUUUCAGCACCCAAAAACUAUGCUGGCCUCAUCGAGCCGAAGAUGUAGCCUGCUACGCUGCAGCAGAAUCAUCAAUGCCGGACGACAUCUUCGGCCCGGACACCGACCAAAUACCUGGCGGUGACGAGGAGACUCGUUUGCGGCAUAUAAGAUCACGCCACGUGAACUCCGGCUUCGCCAUUGGGCCUGUGAAAGAGAUGCGUAGGCUUUUCGAAGCUGCGGAAGCGCACGCGAAGGAGGAUCCCCAUUCCGGCAGCGAUCAGGGCGUCCUGGCCGACAUCAUCGGCCUCCAAGAGUACGCCCGUGAACUCAUGCGGGAAAUGUACUUCUACAGACAUCCCUUCCGACGAUUCACCAACACCGUUGCUGGCCUGGUCCUAGGCAAAAGCAGCUUCGAAAAAGGUCGAGACCAAAUCCUACACCCCGAUCUCGACCAAGAGAGGGAAAUUCCCCGUCUCCCAUACGAAAACACCACAGCACUUCGUUUGCUCGAAUAUAACGUGGGUUUGGAUUACGAAGAUGACUUUUCACAUGUCACCGUCUUCGCUCCUCGUGAUACAGACUGGGUCGUAUUCUCUCAACCAGAAAUACCAUCGAUGUACUAUAACAUCCGCUCUUCGCAUAUCGGCAAGCUCCCUAAUGAUAUUGGCAACUCGAGACCGCCCUUCGAGGGCUUCAACCUACCUUCGAAAGCAAAUGCGUCGAUACCACUGGGACCUGUCGGAUGGGAACACGUCCCGCUGAACACCCAUCUUUGGACUGGCCAAGUCCCCGUGAGCGUGCACCAUAACGCGUGGCAAAGAGGAAUGAAGAACCUUCGCCAUCAUAUGUGGGGACUGUUGUGGUGGAACGAGUAUGCCAGAGAAAUGUUCGCAGCUCACGUCCGUGGUGCAAAACAACCUCUUGCUGUCCAGGUUCACAAGUCCGUUCGUGGAGGAGCACACACCAUCACUGAGUGGUGGAGUCCCAUCGAGAACAGGGGUGGUGCAGCUAUGGAAAACGGCACCUGGAUCGAAUGGAAACAUCUCUGUGGGAAAUGGGACAAGGAGCUGUUUAUGGAUCAGGAUAAGGAUAAGGAACAUGACAUGGUCCAUCACUCAUGAUGAGAUGGAUUUUCUUAUUUUCUGGGGUCCUUCAUCGGGGCCAUGAUUUGUUUAUACAUAGCGAGAAUCUGUAUUUUGGGUACUGGAGGGCGUUGGAGGUCUCUUCACUUCUCAACCGGCCUAGGGUCGCUCUCCCUUUCUUUUCGAGCAGAAAUGAACAAUGAACAAAUGA